UGAUUUUGUGUUUUUUUUUUUUUACAUAAGUGGCGAGUUUCUGUUCACGCCACGCCCCUGCGUGAAGAAUGUCACACAGAUAGGAAAGCAAGUUAAAAGAUCACGCUUUGUGCGCUUAGCAUUAUUUUUUUUUUUUAGGCACGAUCACGAGUGGAAAUGGCAUAUCACAGCCAGUACAGACCUCCCCACUAUAACAGCGCGCCGCCGGAUCAAGGUUUUUUGUGGAAUAUAUUUCAGAGGGUGGACAAAGACCGAAGUGGAGCAAUAUCAGACACAGAACUUCAGCAAGCUUUAUCAAAUGGCACAUGGACGCCGUUCAAUCCCGUCACAGUUCGGUCAAUUAUAUCUAUGUUCGAUAGAGACAACAAAGGCGGGGUGAACUUUAACGAGUUCGCUGGAGUAUGGAAGUAUAUCACCGAUUGGCAGAGCAUCUUCCGCACCUACGACCGUGACAACUCUGGAUUCAUUGACAAGAAUGAGCUGAAACAGGCUCUCACCGGCUUUGGUUAUCGUCUCUCAGAUCAGUUCUAUAACACACUGAUAGAGAAGUUUGACCGACAAAGAAAAGGUCAGGUGGCCUUCGAUGACUUCAUACAGUGCUGCAUCGUACUACAGAGGUUAACUGAUGUGUUCAGGCGAUAUGACACUGAUCAGGAUGGCUGGAUCCAGGUCUCCUAUGAGCAGUACCUCUCUAUGGUUUUUAACAUUGUAUAGCAGACCACAGCACAGUGCCAACCGCACAGAUUAGUGCCAAACACCAAGUCCCCCUCCCUCCCUUUCAACUCUUCCACUAGAGUUGCCAAGGUCUGUAGGAGAUUACGGGCACGGAAUAUUGGGACUUUUGGAUUUGUGGAAUUAUUUUUUUUUGUCUGUCUUAGUCUGUCUGUCUGUGCUCACAAUUGUUUAUGAUGCUAAACUUCAUAAUCCUAAAAAGUAAUAUCCAUCUCCUUUCACUUCUGGAAUGUUUGUACAUAUCAUUUACAGAUCAUGUGCAUGCCCUAUGAAAUCUUAUUGUGAAGCAUGAACUAAUUUUAUUCUGUGUUUUUGCUGAGGCCAUGUUUACACAGAAUAUAAGAAAAACCUGCUUUGGAUUCACUGACAUCAUCUAAACCCAUAUUUAUAAAGAACUCUUUUUAAUCUGCGUAUGAACAUGCAGAAAAUUUUGCCUUUUAUUUGAGGUAGCAGGUAAACAUGCUUUUGUAUGGCCUAUAUUUUGUGCAUGAUGCUUUACAAUUGCAAUAAAUGCAAAAGGUAAUGUUUAUUAAAAAAAAGAACCAUUUAAAAAACUA